CUACCUGUCCAGAACCGUCAAAAUUGCCUAAAAGUCAUCCUUUGUCCGAAAAAGAAAACGUAUUUUGUUCAUAUUUUUUUGUCCAAUUUUAUUCUUAAUUAAUUUUUUUAAAAAAUGAACGAGUCGGGUCUCACCGAUAAAAUAAACCCUAACGAAGACUGUGCCCCAGUUGCCAAAAAGGCUAAAUUAAUCGGUUCAUCGUAUAAUAUUGAAUCUUGUGCUAUUUGCCUGUACCCCACUGAAAAAAAACUCGUGGGACGUCCAGAGACUUGUAGUCACCGGUUUUGUUUAACUUGCAUUAAACGAUGGUCUAGAAGGGAGAGUACGUGUCCUUUGUGUAGGGCCAACUAUAAGGCCUUAGUGGUUCAUGAACGUUAUUCGAGGCGAAACAUAAAAAACCUGCCGCUCCCAAUCAGGAAGAGAAAAGCGAAAAAAGUGCUGCUGACGAGGCAGAUAGUAUCGAGUGAUUCGAUGCUAAGGAGACACUUAAGGAACUUUUUUAGGCUUUUUCAUUAUUUGGUCGCCGCUGGGAGUGACUUUAUGUUCUUGAGGAAUCGCUAGUGACGUGGCGUGAUCUUUUAUAGAUUUUUACUAUAGGGGCUAAAUUUAUACAAUAAACGACUUAUACUGCAGAA